UGUUAGAGAGAGAGAGAGAGAGCAUGCUCUGUUUUGCUGCUUAUGAAAGAAACAAAACGACGCCAUUGAAAAAGAUAUUUUCUUCUUUCCCUCUUUGAAGGAUUUUCAAAGGAUCUUCUUCGUCUUCUUAUCUAUGGUAUAGGUUAAGAAGAUAUCAGUUAUUUACGAUCGAAGCUUUUCUGGGUCUCUCUAAUGGCAGCAACAGAAGGUGCAUUUUCAUUCUCGGCAGCCUCUGUUAUUGAAGACAUCCUUCAGCAGCAUGGAAUUCGAUCCAGAUAUCUUGAUAUGGAUUCUCGAAAAGCAGAGGAAGCUGCAAUAAGGAGGUAUGAUGGUGCUGGAUGGUUGAGAAAGAUGGUGGGAGUUGUGGGAGCUAAGGAUUUACCAGCUGAGCCAUCGGAAGAAGAGUUUCGGCUUGGUUUGAGAAGUGGUUUAAUUCUUUGCAAUGUUCUUAAUAAGGUUCAACCGGGAGCUGUGUCAAAGGUUGUGGAGAGUCACUGUGAUUCAGCUCUUAUACCUGAUGGAGCAGCUUUGUCUGCAUAUCAAUACUUUGAGAAUGUGAGAAAUUUUCUUGUUGCUGCGGAGGAAUUGGGACUUCCUACCUUUGAUGCAUCUGAUUUGGAACAAGGAGGGAAAUCAGCGCGGGUGGUGAAUUGUGUAUUAGCAAUCAAAUCCUAUAGUGAAUGGAAACAAUCAGGUGGAGAUGGUGUGUGGAAGUUUGGUGGGAAUGUGAAGUCCACAUCAUCUUCGACUAAGCAAUUUUCGCGCAAAAAUUCAGAACCAUUUACAAGUUCCUUGUCAAGAAACGUAUCCGUUGAUGCUGUUGAUGUUAAUGUUAAUGUCAAGCCGAGUUCUUUGAGUAUGCUUGUUCGAGGAGCUCUGAUUGAUAAGAAGCCUGAAGAAGUUUCAACAUUGGUUGAAUCCGUGCUAGCUAAGGUUGUCGAGGAAUUUGAGCAGCGAAUGGCUUCACAAAUGGAGUUGAAGAAAUUGCCUUCCAAAGAUGUUGUUCAUUCUCAUAGUGGCAAGACAUUCUUAAAACAAGUUUCUGGUAAUAUGAAGAAAGAGGAUAAAAUUGUCAUGAAAGUCAAGAAAGAUGAAUCCUUCAUUGACGAGGAAUUAAGACGACAAUCUCAGAAGCAACAAAAUAUAUGCGAACAGCAGCAGAGAGAUGUUGUGGAACUUAAACAAGUUGUUCAAACUACGAAAGCUAGUAUGAAGUUCAUGCAAAUGAAAUUCCACGAGGACCUCCACAAUCUUGGUAUGCAUAUCCAUGGCCUUGCCAAUGCUGCUUCUGGUUAUCAUAAAGUACUGGAAGAAAACCGCAAACUAUAUAAUCAAGUACAGGACCUUAAAGGAAGUAUUAGAGUUUAUUGCCGUGUUCGACCCUUCUUAAAUGGGCAAUCAAACUACUUGAGCUCGGUGGAUUUUAUAGAAGAAGGAACAAUUAGUAUCUCUACUCCAUCCAAACAUGGCAAAGCACAGAAGACCUUCAACUUCAACAAAGCCUUUGGACCAUCUGCAACACAAGCGGAAGUCUUCUCGGAUACUCAGCAAUUGAUAAGAUCCGUUCUUGAUGGAUUUAACGUCUGUAUAUUUGCAUAUGGACAAACUGGAUCUGGAAAGACUUUUACCAUGAGUGGACCCAAGAAUCUAACUGAAGAAAGCCAAGGAGUGAACUAUAGGGCAUUGGGUGAUUUAUUUCUUCUCGCAGAACAGAGAAGGAAUACUUUCCGUUACGAAGUUUUUGUCCAGAUGAUUGAAAUAUACAAUGAGCAAGUCAGAGAUCUUCUUGUUGUUGAUGGUCUUAAUAAAAGAUUAGAGAUUAGAAACAGUUCUCAGACAGGACUUAAUGUACCCGAUGCAAGCCUCAUCAGAGUGACAUCAACAUCUGAUGUCAUUGAUCUGAUGAACUUGGGACAUAAAAAUCGAACUGUUGGUGCAACUGCUCUUAACGACCGCAGCAGUCGCUCCCAUAGCUGUGUAACUGUUCAUGUCCAAGGAGUGGACUUAACAACUGGAAAUAUUCUGCGUGGAUGUAUGCAUUUGGUUGAUCUGGCGGGAAGUGAGAGGGUAGACAAGUCUGAAGUAACUGGAGAUAGAUUAAAAGAGGCACAACAUAUAAACAAAUCUUUAUCUGCAUUAGGUGAUGUGAUAGCUUCACUUGCUCAGAAGAAUUCACACGUUCCUUAUAGAAACAGCAAACUCACCCAGUUGCUUCAGGACUCACUUGGAGGACAAGCCAAAACGCUUAUGUUUGUUCAUAUUAGCCCUGAGCCCGAUGCUAUUGGUGAGACGAUAAGUACACUCAAAUUUGCUGAACGGGUUGCUACUGUGGAACUUGGUGCUGCCCAUGUGAAUAAAGAGGGUUCCGACGUUAAAGAACUCAAAGAACAGAUUGCUAAUUUAAAGGCAGCCUUAGCAAGAAAAAAUGGCGGUUCGGAUCAAAAACUAACUGGUAGUGGUAGCUUACUGUCCUCUCCUUAUCAACAACAAAAUACAAAUGCUGUCAGUAUGUUGUCUGACCCCAAUAGCUGUAGGAAGUCAGCCGGGGAUUUGGGCAAUAUGGAGGUGAAGAAGAGUAUGGGAAUGAGGCGUAAAAAGCAAAGUGUUGAUCUUGAUGAGCUACUACGAAACUCUCCUCCAUGGCCUCCUGUUAAUAAAACAGGUCAAAAUGGUGAGGACGAGGAUAAAGAAGAAGCUAGCUAUGGGGAGUGGGUAGACAAAGUGAUGGUGAACAAACAAGACGAUAUUGGUACUGCACAUGAUGAUAUGAACAACCAAAUAGGAAACUGGGAAGCAGAUAAUGGAGACAUGUCUGAUGCAUUCUACUCAAAAUAUCUAUCAACAGACACUACUUCAUCGUAUAACAUCUUCACAGGUAGAACCGAAGAUUUUGAUGAGAUUGAGGCAGGAACAAGCGAUUCUUCUGAGCCUGAUUUACUCUGGCAAUUCAACAAUGCAAAACUGUCUAGUCUUGGCAAUGGGAUUAGCCCAAAUUAUGGAAAAACUAAUCCAAAGAUGGUUUCCAAGACUCCUGAUUUGAACCACAGUUUGAUUCCUAAGCAAAGCCCGUCUCCAUCGACCAGGAAAAUCACAAACAGUGGCGGUCAGAGAAUUGGGAAUGGCAGACAAGUUUUCCCAGGUGAAGUCAGAAGGAAAGUUGGGAACAAGAAAUAACAAGAAGAUGAUAUAUAUAUAAAGGAUUGAUCUUCAUCACAAAUUUAUUUUUCCAGUUAAUUGUUUUAUAACCCUGAGUGAGUGAGUGUGUGUGUGAAAGUGAGAUUUGGAAUUCCUGUUAUUGGUUUGGAAUUCCAGUUAUAUUAUAUAGAGUGAUUGUUUGUUUUUGGUUUUACAUAAAGAAAUCAAUAUAGCAAUAUUUUUCA